AUGGCGUGCUGCUGCUCGACGUCAGCCAAGACCUGUAAGGCAUCGCCGAUUCUGGCAAAAACGGCAGGACCCUGGGCAGAACAGAAUUGGCUGCAUCUGAAGCUGAUCAGAGCACACCAGCGCAGCGGCAGCGACUCCUUUUGGACCUCAGUCGUGCUCACCGUUGCCUGCUGGUCCAAAGGUGGGCGCGAGCAGCACAGCACCGUGUCGCAGUGUCACACUCUGCGUCGCAGCAAUUCCGAUCGUCAACUCGCUCUCUCUCUCUCUCUUGAGUGUAAAAGUCGAUGCCGCCUUGACCUGCUCGCUGCUGCUGCUCUCGAGUCUCAAUUGUGUGCCUGUUUGUCUUGCCUCUUCCUUCUUCUCUCUCUUCCCACGCUCACGGCCCUUUGCUCGUCUGGCCCUCGUCAUCCCACCAUCUCGAUCUCCGUCAGCACAUCCUCACCUGCGAUUUGGCUGUUUCGAUCUGAUCGCUUCGACUCCUGGAACGUCACCAUCUUCCGCUCGCGCCACUCAGCAAGCGCAACAGCGCCGACCUCAGCGCAUCUCGCCAACAUUGGCGCUGUUCAGUUUCUGUGGUCCGAUCGUCGUUCAUUUCCGCUGCUUGAACCGAACGCACCGAGGUGGACAUCCAACUUGCCUGAAGCCAUAGUGAUACCGGACCCGAGACGCCACCCUCACCCUCACCAUCACAUCUCCUCUGGACAACAUGCGCUCGUCUCGUGUGUUUAUCUUCAAUUCGCGCUCGCCGUCACCACUGCCGAGAGCUCCACUGCCUCUGCCCUCGGUGUAUAUCCUGGCCCAAACAACAACACCGAGAUCUCACAGGUCGCCUUUGUCGACGUCUACGCUAAUACAAACACCUACACGUUCUAUUCGCCCUUCUUUACUACUUUCACCGAGUCUGGCCCGCAGCAAAUCACCUUCCGUCUGCUCGACGACAGUGGUAAUGUCAUCCCCAGCUACCUUCCCGUCACCCAAACCAUCAACUUCCAAUGCGGAACCACCAUUACCACCUCCUCGGCAGCCUCCAGCACACCUACCGGAACGUCUGGCUCUGGUUCCGGAGGCAAUUCGAACGGCAACGGCAAUAGCAACAGCAACAGCAACAGCAGCACCAGCUCGGGGUCCUCAUCCUCGACCGGUGCCAUCGCCGGCGGUGUGGUCGGUGGUGUCAUUGCUUUGCUCGCCCUCGGGCUUCUCGCUUUCUGCCUGAUGAGGAGGAAGAAGAAGCAGCGUGCUCAGCAGAGUCGUCUCGCCAACAAUGAGGCCGACGAAGCUGCCUUCCGUGCUCCCAACAACGACUCCACCGCUUCCUUGGCUACAGCUCCCGAAAACGCCAACACGCCCAUGAUGCGCGAUAUCUCGACUAAGAACGUCUUUGCCGACCCGACCACGUCAACUGCAUCGGGUGCCGCAUCUGGCUCCUCGACCAUGUUCAGCGCCAACAACCAAGCUCCAUCCAAGUUCCCGUCCGGCUCUGGCACGGGUGGUGCAUCUGGCGCUGCCGCCGGUGCCGCCGCUGGUGCUGGUAUCGGCGCCGCUGCCAUCGCUGCUCGCAAACAAUCGCGGGAGCAAUCUCGCGCUGCGUCGCCGGCCGGUCGCGUCUCCGAGUCACGCCCUUCGACCGAGUCGUUCAAAGAUGUACCAUCAUCGCAGUCCCCUCCACCUGUCCCGUCGCUUCCUUCGUCUUAUGCCGCCACAAAUGCCCCCGCUGCACCGCAGAACGCAUCAAAAGCCUCGCAGCCAGCAACGUAUCCAACAGCAAACGCGUCGAUUGAGUCCGCGACGAAGUCUCCAUCCGGAGGCGGAGCCGCUACGUCGACUGCUGCUGUUGGUGCUGGCGCUACCGCCGCCGCUGCAGCCGCCGCCGCCAAGAAGACUUCGUCAGAUAACAAGGAAAAGGACAACAAGGCAAAGACAAGCAAAUGGGGUUUCAAGCGCCCUUCCAAGGACAUGGGCAACACUAGCAAGCCUCCCUACACACAGGCUCCCUACCCACAGGCUGUUGCCGAGCCAGCGCCGGCAGCAGCAGCAGCAGCAGCUGCACCAGCAGCGGUAGCCAGCCCUUCUCCAUCCCCACCGUUUAGCAGCCCUUCCGAGACACCUGCAUCGCCGUCACGUUCGUUCAAAGUGAUCCAGAAGCAGCCUACGCCGGCAGCUGCCUCGGCAGCUGGACCCAGCAGCGCUUCGAUUGCGCCGAGCGAGAACAGCUUGAAUCGCGCACCCGCCUUGUCUCCCCGAUCCGGCCAUGCCACACCGGCUGGUUCAAUUCGCGGCAACAACUACUCGCGUGCCCCCUCGGUCGCCUCCAUGUCGGCUGGAUUCACGGAUGCGCCUCCUCUGCCUUCGGGCGCCGCCUCGGUCUCGUCGAUGCCAACGUCCGAAUUCGGAGGCAACAUGGCAGGGGUUGGAGCCGGACGCUCGUUCGCCGCUUCAUCCGGCAACUCGACCAAGUGGCACCAGCAGGCUUACAAUGUGAUGCCCAACUUCAGCCACCGCGCGCUGGCCCGCUCAACACAGUUGGACGAAGACCUCAUCUUCGGUCACCUCGGUAUGGGUCUCACUCCUCCCCCCGGUCCCGCGGGCAAUGGCAGUGAGAGUGGCAGCUCAAAGAGUCGCACAGAUCCUUUCGGUGACCGUUGA